AUGGCGUCGUCUCAAUCUCUCGGCGGUUCAACUCGCUGCGGCAAAAUCCUCGGUCCAUCCUUCGACAAAAUCAUCAAGAAUGUCGCAUGGCGGAAGCAUACAAACCUUGUCGCCGCUUGUAAAUCCGUCAUUGAUAAGCUUGAAACCCUAACUGAACAACCUUCUCUUUCUCUCUCUUCUCCGAUCCCUACAUUAUCGCCUUCCGACGCCGACGCUUUUCUCUCUCCUCUACUCCUCGCGCUCGACACCGGUUCUCCGAAGAUCAUCGAUCCUGCUCUUGACGCUCUUUUUCGCCUCUUCUCGAACAAUCUUCUUAGGUUUGAGCUCGAUCGUUCUUCCGAUGAUAACAGCAAUUCUCUCGUUUUUCAGCUGAUUGAAUCGGUUUGUAAGUGUUGUGGUUUGGGAGAUGAGCUGGUUCAGUUUUGUGUGAUGAAAGUGCUGUUAUCGGCGAUUAGAUCUCCGUUUGUUGAGUUUAGAGGUGAUUAUCUUAACCACAUUGUUAAAACUUGUUAUAAUGUUUAUUUAGGGGGUUUGAAUGGGACUAAUCAGAUCUGUGCUAAGGCUGUUUUAGCUCAAAUUGUGUUAAUUGUAUUCGCUCGUGUUGAAGAGGAUUCUAUGUUUGUUAGUAAUUUUAAAACGAUUACGGUUUCGGAGUUGCUUGAAUUUACUGAUAGGAAUUUGAGUGAAGGGAAUUCGGCUCAAUUGGUUCAGAAUGUAAUUAAUGAGGUUAUGGAUUGUAAUGGAGGGGUUGAAGAUUUUAAUCAACAUACCGAAAACUCCCUGAAUGGAAAUGUGAAUGUGGAUGGGAAUGAGGAUAAGAAUGGUGGUGAUGAUUCAGGGGCGAAACCGGAGGAAAAUAGCGAAGCAGGGGCGAAAGUGGAGGAAAAUACUGAACCAGGGGCGAAAACGGAGGAAAAUAGUGAAGAGGGGAAACCAGUGGUGAAAAGUGAAGGACUGGGAGGAUCAGGGGAAAGGGAGAGUUUGCUUAGAGAGGAUGGUUUUAUGCUGUUUAAGAACUUGUGUAAAUUGUCAAUGAAGUUCUCUUCACAGGAGCAUUCUGAUGAUGAGAUUUUACUAAGGGGGAAAAUCCUAUCUUUGGAAUUGCUGAAGGUGAUUAUGGAUAAUAGCGGUCUUGUUUGGUGCUCGAAUGAGAGCUUCCUGAACAUCAUCAAACAGUUUCUCUGUUUGUCAUUGCUGAAGAACAGUGCAUUGUCAGUGAUGACCAUCUUCCAGCUUCUGUGCUCAAUUUUUAUGAGCUUGCUUUCAAAAUUCAGAUCAGGGUUGAAAUCUGAGAUUGGAAUCUUCUUUCCAAUGCUUAUCCUUCGUGUCCUGGAAAAUAUAACUCAGCCUCGUUUUAUUCAGAAAAUGACUGUCCUUAACCUACUAGAGAAGAUUUCUCAAGAUCCACAGCUAAUCAUUGAUAUUUUUGUCAACUACGAUUGUGACCUGGAUGCUCCAAAUAUUUACGAGAGGACGGUUAAUGGCCUUUUGAAGACUGCUCUUGGUCCUGCACCUGGUUCUACUACACCAUUGUCUCCAGUUAAGGAUCUUACAUUUCGAGUUGAAUCCGUUAAAUGCCUAGUUAGAAUUGUCAAGUCAAUGGGAGUAUGGAUGGACCAGCAACUGAAAAUUGGGGAGACUUCUUUGUCGAAUAGAUCCUCUGUGGUGACUGGCUCGGUAGACAUGCAUUCUGCCCUGAAUGGAGAAGAGGGAAUGAUUGCUGAGUAUGAACUGCUUCCAGAAUCAAAUUCUGAGUCAUCUGAUGCUGCAACACUUGAGCAACGCCGAGCUUAUAAACUUGAAAUUCAGAAAGGCAUCACAUUGUUUAACAGGAAGCCUUCCAAAGGUGUUGAAUUCCUAAUCAACACCAAAAAAGUUGGUGGUUCCCCUGAAGACGUAGCCUCUUUUCUGAAGAACACUGCUGGACUGAAUCCAACUGUUAUUGGGGACUACUUGGGAGAACGAGAGGAUUUUCCAUUGAAAGUUAUGCAUGCUUAUGUUGAUGGAUUCAAUUUUGAAAAAAUGGAUUUUGGUGAAGCUAUUCGGUAUUUUCUGCGGGGUUUCAGAUUGCCUGGAGAGGCUCAAAAGAUAGACCGAAUCAUGGAGAAGUUUGCUGAGCGCUACUGUAAAUGCAAUCCUAACUCAUUUAAAAGCGCAGAUACAGCUUAUGUCCUUGCUUAUUCUGUUAUAAUGCUCAACACCGAUGCUCACAAUAACAUGGUCAAAGAUAAGAUGACGAAAGCUGAUUUUAUUCGGAACAAUCGUGGAAUUGAUGAUGGCAAGGACUUACCUGAAGAGUAUCUAGGUGCUAUAUAUGAUCAAAUCGUGAAAAAUGAAAUAAAAAUGAAUGCCGAAACUUCUCAACCACAGAGCAAGCAGGUCAAUGGGUUGAACAGGUUGUUGGGCUUGGAUGGUAUACUGAACUUGGUCAUGGGGAAGCAGCCCGAAGAAAAGCCAUUGGGUACUAAUGGCCUUCUUAUCAAGAAUAUCCAGGAGCAGUUUAAGGCAAACUCUGGAAAAUCAGAGUCUGUUUUUUAUGCAGUUUCGGAUGUUUCAAUAUUGAGGUUUAUGGUAGAAGUUUGUUGGGGUCCUAUGCUGGCUGCCUUUAGUAUGACACUUGAUCAGAGUGAUGACAAGUUAGCUACUUCAGAAUGUUUGCAAGGCUUCCGAUAUGCUGUACACGUAACCGCAGUCCUAAGUAUGCAGACCCAAAGAGAUGCUUUUGUGACCUCUCUGGCCAAAUUCACUUAUCUUCACUGUGCAGCAGAUAUGAAGCAAAAAAAUAUUGAUGCUAUGAAGACCAUAAUGUCUAUAGCUAUUGAAGAUGGGAAUUACCUUCAAGAAGCAUGGGAGCACAUUCUAACAUGCUUGUCUAGAUUUGAGCAUUUGCAACUUUUGGGAGAAGGUGUUCCACCUGAUGCUUCAUUCUUGAGCAUGUCUAAUGCUGAACCUGAACAGAAAUCACUUAAGUCUAGUGAAUUGGCUUCUCUAAAGAAAAAGGGAGCCCUUCAAAAUCCAGCUGUGGCAGCUGUCGUUCGAGGUGGAUCCUAUGACAGCAGCGCACUUGGUGCUAACCACCCCAAACUGGUUACCUCCGAACAGGUCACUAACUUCAUUUCGAAUUUGCACUUGCUUGAUCAAAUAGGGAGCUAUGAGUUGAACCACAUAUUUGCGCAUAGCCAAAGGAUGAACAGUGAGGCAAUAGUGUCCUUUGUGAGAGCUCUUUGCAAAGUUUCAAUGUCUGAGUUGCAGUCUCCAACUGAUCCUCGUGUGUUCAGCCUCACUAAGAUAGUUGAAAUUGCGCACUAUAAUAUGAAUCGCAUCAGACUAGUGUGGUCUCGCAUCUGGAAUGUUCUUUCUGAUUUCUUUGUGUCCGUUGGCCUGUCAGAAAACCUCUCAGUGGCGAUUUUUGUCAUGGAUUCAUUGAGGCAGCUUGCUAUGAAAUUCCUUGAGCGUGAGGAGUUGGCAAAUUACAAUUUCCAAAAUGAAUUUUUGAGGCCUUUUGUCAUUGUAAUGCAAAAGAGUAGCUCUGCUGAAAUCAGGGAGCUAAUAGUCCGCUGCAUUUCUCAGAUGGUCCUUAGCCGUGUCAGUAAUGUGAAAUCUGGAUGGAAAAGUGUAUUUAUGGUUUUUACAACUGCUGCUGCUGAUGAACGGAAGAGUAUAGUGUUGCUGGCCUUUGAGACUAUGGAAAAAAUAGUUCGGGAAUAUUUCCCUCACAUAACUGAGACUGAGUCUACAACUUUCACAGAUUGUGUUAAAUGCCUCAUAACCUUCACAAAAAGCAAGUUUGAUAGUGAUGUCAGCUUCAAUGCCAUUGCAUUUCUUCGAUUCUGUGCUCUUAAGCUUGCAGAAGGGGGAUUGUUUUGCAACGAGGAUAGCCAAGAUGCCAAUUCAUAUGAUUUAAGUGACAGCGGGGUGACCUUUGAUAGGCAACCUUCUAUAAGUAAAGAUGAAAAUAUUUCCUUUUGGAUGCCUUUGCUUACAGGAUUAUCAAGGUUGACAUCUGAUCCAAGACCAGUAAUCAGAAAGAGCUCUGUUGAAGUUCUAUUUAACAUCCUCAUGGAUCAUGGAAGCCUUUUUUCACGUCCGUUUUGGAGUGCUAUCUUCAAAUUUGUUGUUUUCCCUAUCCUCAGCUGUAAAGAUGAUACAGAUGAAACUGAGGUGAAUGAUGACAAGUCACUUCAAACUACUAAAGACUCUUCUCAUGGUACUCAAUGGGACUCUGAAACUUCUUCAGUGGCAGCACAGCGCCUUGUUGAUCUUUUUGUUACAUUCUUCGCUGUCCUGAGGUCUCAACUACCAAAUGCUGUUACUGUACUGGCUGAUUUCAUUAAGAGCCCAGGUCCUGGUCCUGCUAAAAUUGGGAUAGCUGCAUUGGUACGUUUAACCAGUGAAUUAGGAACCAGGCUUUCUGAAGAUGAUUGGAGAGGUAUGUUAAUGGCUAUAAAAGAUGCGGCUGCUUCAACUCUUCCUGGAUUUUUAAGGGUCUUAAGGACUAUGGAUAACAUAAAUAUUCCUGAUGCCAUGCAAUCCUAUCAUGGUCUCGAUUCUGACAAUGAAAUAUCCAACAAUGAUCUGGAGGACGACGACCUGCAAACUGCUGCAUAUGUGGUUUCAAGAAUGAAAGGUCAUAUUGCAGUUCAGUUGGUCAUCAUACAGCUUGUGACUGAUCUUUACAAGACUCAUCAUGAUGGUCUCUCAGAAUCUAACCUCAAGAUACUUCUUGAACUUUUUUCCAUGAUUUCAUCUCAUGCCAACCAACUAAGCUCUGAAGGUAUCAUACUGAGGAAGCUUCAGACAGUGUGCAAUAUGCUAGAGCUCACUGACCCACCUGUGGUUCAUUUUGAAAAUGAGUCUUACCAGAGUUAUCUAGAAUUUCUUAAUGACUUGGUUUUAGAAAGACCAACAACUACUCCAAAAGAUAUCGACUUGGAAGCACAGGUUGUAGCCGUUUGUGAGAAAAUACUAGAGAUGUAUGUGGAGUGUGCUGGGACUCACUCCAGCAAGCAAAAGCCUGCAGAUGAGCCCGAGGCACAUUGGAUCCUUCCAUUGCUUUCAGCAAAAAAGGAAGAACUUGCAGCACGGAGUACUUUGCUUUUAUCAGCAUUACGCACAUUGAGUCGGUUGGAGAAAGAUUCAUUUAGAAGGUACAUUUCACGUUUAUUUCCCUUGUUGGUUGAUCUUGUGAGAAGUGAACACAGCUCAAGAGAAGUAUUGCCUAUUUUGAGUGAUAUGUUUCAAACUUGUAUAGGACCAAUAAUUGUUGAGUCAUAAUUUAGAAUUUUUUUGGUAUAAAUGAGUCCGCCCAACCCCACCCCACCCAACACCCCCAAGGUCCCUGUCUAGGACUUCUUUCACCACCACCAUCUUAUGAUAGCUUAAAUAUCACCAAUACCAAAAUUUUGUACCUAAAUAGAUUUUGUAGAAUGUGUUACAGAUGUAAAAGCGAACACUUUAGAGUCCACAUAUUAGCCAGAGUUUGUCCAUGAACUUGUGAUGCUUGUUAAUUUUAAUAAUUGCCUCGUUUCUUCCAUUGCUAAAUGUAUUCUCGAACUGUCGUCAUUUUUUUGAACUUUUAAUUGAUUGAACUGUAGAGUUGGAUACAUAUG